GGCAGAGCUCCACCAGCAAACCGCAUGGGUGGGUCUGAUAAAACAGGAUGACACAGCGCUUCAGGUGCUCGCCGCCAGGACUGGGCUACACGUAUGCAGGCUCCGUGCCUGUCAUUUUGGACAGCUGAAUAAAAGCUCAUUGCUGUUGAUGCAACGGUGUCAAAAAGAUCUAGAGAGCUUUGCAAAAGGAGGAAAUCAGGAAAUAGGAUGGAUGGAGAAAAUAAGGACACUUUUCCCAGACUGACUCCGGUCUAGAUCUGCGUCUGUCCGUCAGCCUGUUGGUCUCUGUCUGCGUCGCGGCGGCUGGAAGGCUCCACCUGGUCUCCAUGAGUUUUACCAAGGACAAGUCACGCCUGAAAGAUGGGAAACGCUUCGGACACGUCUGCUGCGUUCGCCUCCACCAUCCCCAAGGAGCACGACAUCUUCAUGGGUUCCCUCUAUAGCGUGUUUUGUGUCCUCUCUCUGACGGGAAACUGCGUUCUGCUGCUGGUUGCGCAUCACAAGAGGUCGAGCCUGAAGCCGGCGGAGUUCUUCAUCAUCAACCUCUCCAUCAGCGACCUUGGAAUGACGCUGUCUUUAUUCCCGCUGGCGAUACCCUCAGCGUUUUCACACAGGUGGCUGUUUGGAGAGGUCACCUGCCAGCUCUACGCCAUGUGUGGAGUGCUGUUUGGGCUCUGCAGCCUCACCAAUCUCACGGCGCUCUCGCUGGUCUGCUGCCUUAAAGUCUGCUUCCCACAGCACGGCAACAGGUUCUCCUCGUCCCACGCCCGUGUCCUGGUGGCUGCCGUGUGGUGCUACGCGUCCGUGUUCGCCGCGGGACCCUUGGCGCGCUGGGGGCGCUACGGCCCCGAACCCUACGGCACGGCCUGCUGCAUCGACUGGCACGCGCCCAACCGCGAGCUGCUGGCCCGGUCCUACAUCGUCUGCCUCUUCGUCUUCUGCUACGCGCUGCCCGGCGCCGUCAUCUUCCUCUCCUACGCCUUCAUUCUGCUGACGGUGCGGGGGUCGCGCCAGGCCGUCCAACAGCACGUGUCGCCGCAGACCAAGGCCGCCAAUGCACACGCUCUCAUUGUUAAGCUGUCCGUAGCCGUGUGCAUAGGCUUCCUGGGCGCCUGGACCCCGUACGCUGCCGUAGCCAUGUGGGCUGCUUUCGGAGACGCCGCCCGGGUUCCUCCUGCGGCGUUCGCGGCGGCUGCCAUGUUCGCCAAGUCUUCCACCGCCUACAACCCCAUCGUCUACCUGCUGUGCAAGCCCAACUUUCGCGAGUGUCUCUACAAAGACACGGCUCUGUUACGCGUACGGAUCCACAGGGGGAGUCCCCGCUCAGAGCCCAGAGAACAUUUUGCAUCCGCGUCACAGCGCAACAAGGACACGAGCAUCUCCACGCGCCUGUCUAACGGACAGCAGGAGGGCUACAGGGCUUCUGUGGACUGCACCAACAGCGCAGCACAGGGCGAUGGGACCGGGGCCCAGAGGACUGCCUGCAUCCUGAGCAGAUCCAGCUACAGCGAGGUGACAGUCAGCAAGCUGCCAGCCGCACCGCAGGCUGAGUUCCUCUAAUGAAACAAUGGAGACAUCACAGAACAACAAAUUGUGUUGUUUUUAAAUUUGCUAUAGAAAUGUGAACUGUUUUGAUGCCUAUUUGAUUCCUGUUGUAUUUUAUAUCACAUUGUCAAUUGACAUUGGCUGGAUUUAAUAUUAUUUAGGUAAUUCCUGUAAACUGAGUAACGCCUUUUGGAUUUAUCCCGUCAAAGGUCGCCACAGCGAAUGAUUCGUUUGGUUGGUUUUUGGUAAGUUUUUACGCCGGACGCCCUCCUGAUGCAACCCCUCUCUGAGGAGAUUCGAACCCAUGAUCCCUUCCUGCGUAACCAUUCAUCAUUUAUCAUACAUACUUUUUCC